CUCUUUGUCCCAUUCCUCACCGCGAAAUAAAAUUGCUCAAUUCGUCCUAAACCUAAUACUAGUAAUUUCGUUCUUCAAUUCAAUCUCUUUUAAGCUUCCUAUUUCCUUCGACAUUCGAUUCAGAAAUUUCCAUCGUCGACUGAAAUGAAGAAGUCGUUGGACUCCAUUCCCACCUCAAGCGAAAUCAAGUUUGACGAGACUGAAGAACACGAUUCCUCUUCCGAAGAUGAGGGGGAGAUAGAGAGGGAGCUCGCGAAUGUUACGUUCGAGGAACUGCUGAAGGCACGCUCUAAUGGGUCCCACACAGUGUAUCGGAAGCCGGAUCUGGAGAAACCAGGCGGCCGUGCGAACAAGAACAGGCCAAUGGAAGCCAGUGCCAAGAAGCCGGUCGGUAGAUUUAGGGAGGUCAUUCAAGUUCCUAAGAAGUCGAACAGAUUAUUCCGUUGUCGUCUCUAUCUUGCUUUGGUGGUACGUGAUCCCAGGUUUGAAACACUCUGUGGCAAUCUUGAAGUAGAAGGGUUCAAGAAGAGGUAUAGUUUUCUCUAUGAAAAUGAGCUUCCUGCUGAACGGGAGGAGUUGAAGAGAUCAAUGAAGAAAUUUAAUGACCCUACAGUCGUCGACGAGUUAAAGAACCGCAUUUCUGGGAUAGACAAACAACUCAAGUCCGCAUCAAAGCGUACUGAGAGGGAAAUUCUGUCUGAGCACAAGAAAAGAGAGAGACAGGCUGCAAAGCAAGGGAAAAGACCAUUUUAUUUGAAGAAAUCUGAAAUUCGUGAGCAAAAGCUUAUUGAGAAAUACAAGGAGCUCAAGGUAUCUGGCAAACUCGAAUCCUAUCUGGAGAAAAGGAGACGGAAGAAUGCAGCGAAGGACCACAGAUACGUGCCGUAUAGACGCCCUUCCAUGAACGAGCAACAAAUACAGUGACUUUUCCAGUUUCCAGCCGCUUGACCCACAUGUCUCAGGUAUGGUGGCGACUGGCGAGGGCAUGCCAUCUUAUACUUUACUUGGUGGGGAUUCUGUGGUGAAGACUCGAGAGAACCAAGGGUGAAGGUGGAUAUGUAGAUUCGGGCUUUUAGUGCUCCCCAGGCCUCUUGGCUUGCUGUUGUUUAGAGAGGAAGAAGACUGCAGUCUCUUUUGUUUUGAAUUUGUGGUUAAUGUUAAAUUUGAUAGGAGGGCAGAGGAUUGUAGAUUAACAUACCAUGUUUGAUCAUGGUUUUAAGCAACGGAAUAGAAGUUUAUGAUGGAAAUUAUGUUGAGGUCGUUUUACUAUCAA